AUGACGUGUCAGUUGUUGUCGCCAGAGAAGCAGUGAUUUACUUAAAGGCUUUUCUUUCUGCUCCUCCCGUUGCUAAGAGGAUUGAGAAGCGGCCUGUUUUAUCGCGUCGUCUCGGGAGUUGCCUCCGGUCCAAACAUCCUCGACAGCGUCUUUUUUGCUGUAAAUGAAAGUGAAAACCCGGUGACAACGGAGACGAUGAGCAGCGGAGCCGGUGUCGACUACAGCGCCUGGGAUCACAUCUAUGUGUCGGACGAUGAGGAUGUCUGCAGUCCGUACGUGGACACCCCGAGUUUAUUCAGAAUGAGACACCGGGUCAGAAGUGAACCUUGUACUAGUCGUGAAGUCUGGAGUCGUGUCCCUGGCCCGACUGGAGAGAAUGGCUGAGUUUCAGCAGAGAGGCGAAGAUCUGGAAAACAGCUUUGCAGAAUGCAGGAGACUAUUAGAAGAAGCCCAGGUACGGCUUAAACAGCUGCAAGAAGAAGAGGGAGGAGAGGAGAGGGAGGCUGAGCUCAUGAAAGUCCGGGCCGACGUGAAAAAACUCAGUAAGGACGAGAAGAACUUCGAAAAGUUGAUGGGGGAGUACCGGCGAUGUGAAAAGAAACAACCGUGGAAUGUAGACACUAUCAGCAAAGAAGGCUUCAGUAAGAGUAUACUCAACAUCAAGCCAAAAGCAACAGAAGAAACCACAGAGGAAAAGGUGGAAAUGCACAAGACAUUUGCGCAGGAGUAUGGGAAGGAGAUUAAACACUUCGGUAUGCUGCACCGUUGGGACGACAGUCAGAAAUAUCUAUCGGACAACCCGCAUCUGGUGUGUGAAGAAACGGCUAAUUGCCUCGUUACCAUCUGUAUUGAUUUUGAAAUUGAUGAGAAACAUGCCCUCAUGGAGCAAGUGGCCCAUCAAGCCAUCGUCAUGCAGUUCAUCUUGGAUUUGUCCCGGAGGCUGGAGGUUGACCCGAGAGGCUGCUUCAGACAGUUCUUCUCCAGGAUCAAGACUGCGGAUCAGCCCUACCAAGAUGCAUUUGACCGUGAGCUUGAGUUGCUGAAGGAACGGGUCCGUAGCUGUGCUCAGAUUCGCAUGGAGAGUGCUAUGAAAGAGCUGCAGGAGGAGGAGAGGCAGAAGAGACUGGGCCCGGGUGGUUUAGACCCUGUAGAGGUCUACGAAUCACUGCCGAAGGAAAUACAGAGGAGCUUUGAUGAGAAGAACAUCCAGAUGUUGCAAGAGGCUAUGAGCAAGCUGGAUCCAGAGGAAGGAAAGUACCUCUUGAAGAGGUGUAUUGACUCUGGGCUGUGGGUUCCUGAAUCAGGAGCAGAGUGUGACGAUGAAGAGAGCGAGGAUGAGGAAGAAGAUUAAAAAUAAGGGAUGAGAUUAAUGCUAAUUAUUAGUAUGUUGUGUAGUCCUUUCGUAGCAGCUGUGUUUGUUAGGGUCUUUCUUGACAUUGUGUUUUGUUGGGAUUUGAAGUCUUUUCUGAUAUUCUGUUGUUUUUGUUCUGUUUUUUGUUCUGGCACAAUGUUAUCUAACAUUGUGCCAGAACAAAAAACAGGACUUGCAACUGAAUUAGUCUUUACAGAAAAUGACAUAACACACACACACACACACACACACACAUAUAUAUAUUUAUACUUGUACUCACAUCAUAUUAAAUCAUCUACAUACUGUAUAUUUCAAAAUGUAAGUUAUGUCUAGUUUAAACAGAUACAAAAUAAUAAGUAUAGUUUUUACUUUUUUUUUUUAA